ACAAUUAAAACAUUCCACAUAUCUGGUUGAUGUUUGGUGUUUCCAUUCAGGUGGCUACCAUCGAUGCAGCCUAACUUGCUUUAGUUUCUUACGUUGUCGUGGUCGUCGAUAUCGUGUUAUUGUCGUCGUCGUCGUUGUCUUCUACUACUAUUUGCGUGUGCGCUGCGCUAUUAUUUUUCAUUCAGUUUUAUUUUCUUAUAACUUUCACUUUGUUGUACUGCCAGCCAGCCAGCCAGCAAGCCAUCCAGCUAUUAGCCACUAUAACUGGUGGUGCUACCCAUGAUAGUGGUUGUGUGAAAUUUUGGGUUUGUUGUUUUCUCAAAAAAUUUUCCCAAAACAAGGUCAUUUCAAAAUAAGAAAAAAAUAAAACAAACUACCUGUGAAGAAAAAAUAGUACGUGAUCGGAAAAUCUAAUAAGAAGUUCAUACUUCAAAUUGGAAUAUGCCACGAAAAGAAAGAAUAUAGUUUUGCUUUUGGAUAUUUGUCAAAGUGUGAAUAGAAAAGAUAGAGAAUAAUGAAGAGAAUGGUGGACGAUUAAUGGCAAUAACAUAGUCUGGAUUUAGUGGUCAAAGUGUGAAGAGUGCGUUGAGUUUUUAAAGGCUAUCCGAGCAUCUAUCUUUGAUGGAGUUUUAAAGUGAAAACAAAGAAUUUAUUGCGUACACGCGUCAAAAUCACGCCCACCGUUCCGUUUUUUUUAUAGCCAAAACAAGCGAACUUCUUUUUAUUUGCAAUCUUGGUGCUCGUUAUCGUUGUCGUGGUCGUGGUCGUGGUGGUGGUGGUCGUUGAUGUUGUUGUUACCUUUGGACGGCAAAUCUUAAAAACCAACACGAAGAGAAUAUGACGUCAAAAUAUGAACGCAUUAAAAACGAAUGUCGUGCUCGCAACACUCUGUGGGAAGACCCCGAUUUUCCUGCGGUGCAAACAUCUGUAUUCUAUUACCAAACCCCACCGUUUACCUUCCAGUGGCGUCGCAUCUCUGAAAUAGCCGACAUCAAAAAUGCCUGCUUUGUCAAUGAGUCGGAAAAUUUCGAUGUCAUACCCGGAAAAAUGGGUGAUCGUUGGCUGGUUUCCUGUCUAAGUGUUUUGCACUCGCUGCGCAAUCUAUUCUAUCGUGUGGUACCAGCCGAUCAAUCUCUGGACAAGGCCAAUGGUGUUUUCCGUUUUCGUCUGUGGUGGUGCGGUGAAUGGGUUGAGGUGCUGGUGGACGAUCGUUUGCCCACCAUAAAUGGCCGUCUGGCAUUUCUGCAGCCACAGACUUCCAAUUGCUAUUGGGCCUCGCUGCUGGAAAAGGCCAUAGCAAAGUUACACGGUUCUUAUGAGGCCUUGAAAUACGGCACACGUUCGGAUGGCUUGAGUGAUCUAUUGGGUGGUAUUGUCGAAUGUAUACCCAUUAAGGCGAACAGUACCACAGAACUAAUACGGCCGCAACAGCUGAAAUCUCUAUUGGACACAACCUGCAUUAUAACGUGCAUAGCAGCAACAAGUGCAGUAACCCAGCAUAAAAAUACUCCGGAACGUUUGCCAAAUGGCAUAACGCUAAAUGUGAACUAUAGACUGUGCUCUCUGGACAAAGUUGAAACUUUACUCGGUGAUGCUGUCCAGUUGGUGCGUAUCAAAGAUCCACUUACAUGCAAUGCCUUUGCAAACAGCAAUGACUAUGAGGGAGAUUGGUCUGGUCUCUCGGCGACAUGGGAACGUGUUUCGGUACAGGAGCGUGAUCGUUUAUUUGGCCAACUGGAUGUUGGAGAGUUUUGGAUGUCAUUUUUAGAUUUUACACAGACCUUUUCGAGUUUAGAAGUCAUAUACUUAGAUGUCGACACGGCGAAGGAUGAGCUAUCGCUACAGGACCGGCCCAAACGUUGGCAAAUGAAAAUGUUCCAGGGUCAGUGGAAACGUGGUGUCACUGCCGGUGGCUGUCGCAAUCACGAAUCGUUUCACAUCAAUCCCCAAUUGCUGCUGAACAUACCCGAGAAACAGGAAAUUGUGGUGGCUCUGAAUCAACACACAGCCGUAGAACCAAAAGUCAUAGGCUUUACAGUGUACAAAAUGAGUGGUAUUGCCGGUUCAAAGGUCAAUCAAAAAAUCACCGAAAGUUUACCCAAAGAUUUUUUCAAAACACAUGUGAGUUUCUUGAAUUCGGAUUAUGGCAAUACAAGGCAUGUCACCUGCAAAUGCCAACUGGAGGUGGGUCAAUAUGUGUUAAUGCCGACAACCUAUGAACCCGGUGAAGAAUCUGGUUUUACGGUGCGCAUAUUGGGUACACUGCCGUUGCGUUUAUCCCUGCUAGAAACCCAGACUCUUAUGUUGUUGGAUCCAUUUCCGGUGCUUAAAAAUGAAGCUGAUUCUUUGAAAAUCAAAAAUGUCUGCCAAUAUGAACCGGUAUUCAUGCAAUUGGCCGAUGAGAAUAAGACCAUCAACUGUUUUGAACUUCAUGAACUGCUGGACGCCUGUCUGCCGAAUGACUAUAUCAAAGGUUGUGCAAAUGUGGAUAUUUGUCGACAGGUGAUUGCUCUACAGGAUAAAACCGGAACUGGACGCAUUAAUUUCUUACAAUUUAAAACAUUUAUGGUCAACCUGAAGACAUGGCAAGGCGUUUUUAAGAUGUACACCAAAGAAAAGGCCGGCAUUCUACGUGCUGAACGUCUGCGCGAUGCCCUCUACGAUGUGGGUUUCCAGCUGAGCACGGAUAUUAUGAAUUGUAUAAUGCAACGUUUUAUACGUAAGGAUGGCACACUGCGUCUAAGUGAUUUCGCCUCGGCGGUGCUACAUUUGACGGCGGCUUUUGAUUACUUCCAGCGCAAGGAUCACAAUCAGGAUAAUGUCAUUGAAAUUGAAAUGUCGGAUUGGAUAAAAUGUGUGUUGCGUUGUUAACAGUUGGAACAGUUGGAUGUUGAAUCCUUACAGCCACCACCAGCAAUUGUAUUCUACAUCAAUUGGGAGAGUCGAGAGAGUAGCUAAAGAUCUUUAAAAAAACACAAAAAAAAUAACAAAUACAGUUUUAGUCUAAUUUACAUUAUUUUUUAGUUUAAGUUCUAAAAUCUAUUUCACUGUUUUUUACUCUUUUAUAUAAUUAUUAUAUUUGUUCGUCUUCACUUCAUUACCUUGUGUGCUAUAUUUAGAAAUUAGUUUAAUUUAGAUUUAAAAACAAAUCACGUCUUUACAAAAUAUUUACAAAAGCCAGUGCUAAGUCCCCCAAUGUUGUCCCAUAUAUACCUAAUUUUUUUUAAAAUAAAAUUAAUUGAAAAUAAA